GGCUUGUUGGUAGUUUAUUUAUUCAACCGCCCGAUACCGUGUGGACAUUAUUUUACCAAGCGUUCGCAACCGCACAACAACACGGAGAGCGAAAGAGAGAGGGCUAGAGACCUAGAGACAGAGAGCUAGAGAGCGCUACGAUCCAAAAUCCAUAUAGACACGGCGGUUCGCACCGCCAGCUAUCUAGUAGAUAAAAAGUCGCCGAGAACGCCGAACCGCUAACGCAAACGCCAAACGCUAAAAGCCAAAAACUCGCGUUGCCGUUGUCGUAAUCCCCAUCCGAGAUCGACUCUAUUUUCCAGAGCAUACAAUAUAUAUACACACCACAGCCGAUCCAUAUAUACAUAUAGUGGUGUUAUAGCAAGCCAAACAAGCAAACAAAAAAAUAUCUGAAAAUAAUAAUAGAAGUAAAGAAAACAAGUCUCGAAACUGAAAACGAAAAACGCAAAUUUAUGCAGCCGCUAAAUAUAAAAACAAAACAGCGAAUAAAAAACAAACAGCAAAUAGAAUAAAUCCAAUAAAUCGGCGCGCGAAACUCGCGUGUGUUAUCUAAUCUGCAAGAGAAGUACAAGAAUCGGAAUCGGAAUCGGAAUCGGUUCUAUACUAUAUCUAUAUCCAUUGAGUGUGUGUUUGUGUGCGUUGCGACCUUUGUUUUUAUAUAUUUUUUGUUAUUGUUCAUAACUGUGUGAAACGUGCUUUCCAAGCCGCUCAUUUUUGAAAUACUACAAAAGAAAUCAAUCGAAGAAGUCCAAAAAAAGCUAAAAGUAAAAGAUAAAGAUAAAGAAAAUGGCCAGCAAGCAAAGGAAAUCAAUCGGAAUCGAGUGGGCCACGGCCACCGGCACAGUACCGCUCCUGGAAAGGAGUUGCAGCCACAACGACACUGAGGACACCACCACCACAAGCACCACCGCCGCCACCACAAGCACCACCCCCACCCACAAUUGCAGAAGCCGGGAAAGCUGGGAGAACAACAACAAGAAGAGCGGAGCCGCCAGCCCGGUGAUCCGCCACCUGCGACACCUGCUCAUCGCCGGACUGAUAAUCGUGUGCUUGGUGGGCGGGACGGAGGGCCGCCGGCAUGCGCCGCUCAUGUUCGAGGAGUCCGACACGGGCAGGCGGUCCAAUCGACCAGCGGUCACCGAAUGUCAGUUUGGCAAAGUUCUUCGAGAGUUGGGUUCGACCUGGUAUGCGGACUUGGGUCCACCCUUCGGCGUUAUGUACUGCAUCAAAUGUGAAUGCGUGGCGAUACCCAAGAAGCGCCGCAUCGUUGCACGCGUCCAGUGUCGCAAUAUUAAGAACGAGUGUCCGCCGGCCAAAUGCGAUGAUCCCAUCUCGCUGCCCGGAAAAUGCUGCAAAACUUGUCCCGGCGAUCGGAACGAUACGGAUGUGGCCUUGGAUGUGCCAGUGCCCAAUGAAGAGGAGGAGCGCAACAUGAAACAUUACGCUGCGCUGCUGACGGGCCGCACUUCCUACUUCCUGAAGGGCGAGGAGAUGAAGUCCAUGUACACCACCUACAAUCCGCACAACGUGGUGGCCACCGCCCGCUUUCUGUUCCACAAGAAGAACCUCUACUACUCCUUCUACACCUCCUCGCGCAUCGGUCGUCCUCGGGCCAUUCAGUUCGUGGACGAUGCCGGCGUUAUCCUGGAGGAGCACCAACUGGAGACCACACUGGCCGGCACCCUCAGUGUCUAUCAGAAUGCCACGGGCAAGAUCUGCGGAGUGUGGCGACGGGUUCCCCGGGACUACAAGCGAAUCCUCCGGGACGAUCGCCUCCAUGUGGUGCUCCUCUGGGGCAACAAACAGCAGUCGGAGCUCGCUCUCGCCGGAAAGGUGGCCAAGUACACGGCUCUCCAGACGGAGCUGUUCAGUUCCCUGCUGGAGGCACCACAAACCGAUGGCAAACCGAUGGAUUCCCAGUUGGCCGGAGCUGGUGGCACAGCCAUUGUUUCCACCAGCAGUGGAGCAGCCUCCUCGAUGCAUCUCACCCUGGUGUUCAACGGAGUCUUCGGAGCAGAGGAGUUCGCAGAUGCCGCUCUGAGUGUGAGGAUCGAGUUGCCGGAGCGGAAGGAGGUGAUCUUCGAUGAGAUUCCGCGGGUGCGAAAACCCUCGGCGGAGAUCAACGUCCUGGAGCUCUCCUCACCCAUUUCCAUUCAGAAUCUCCGGUUGAUGUCGCGCGGCAAACUCCUGCUGAUCGUGGAGUCCAAGAAGUACCCGAAUCUCCGCAUCCAGGGACACAUUGUCACCCGCGCCAGUUGCGAGAUCUUCCAGACGCUCCUCGCUCCCCACAGCGCCGAGUCCGCCACCAAGAGCAGUGGCCUGGCCUGGGUCUACCUGAACACCGAUGGUUCUUUGGCUUACAAUAUCGAAACGGAGCAUGUGAACACCCGGGACAGACCGAACAUCAGUCUGAUCGAGGAGCAGGGCAAGAGGAAGGCCAAGCUGGAGGAUCUCACGCCCAGUUUCAACUUCAAUCAGGCCAUCGGCAAUGUGGAGAAGCUGGGACCCAAGGUACUGGAGUCGCUGUACGCCGGUGAGCUGGGCGUGAACGUGGCCACCGAGCACGAGAGCAGCCUGAUCCGCGGCAGACUGGUGCCCCGUCCAGUGGCGGAUGCCAGGGACUCGGCGGAGCCCAUUCUGCUGAAGCGACAGGAGCAGUCGGAGGCACAGAAUCCGCAUGCCGUGGGCAUGGCCUGGAUGUCCAUCGACAACGAGUGCAAUCUGCACUACGAGGUGACCCUCAACGGAGUGCCCGCCCAGGACCUGCAGCUCUAUUUGGAGGAGAAGCCCAUCGAGGCGAUCGGAGCACCGGUGACCAGGAAACUGCUCGAGGAAUUCAAUGGCUCCUACCUGGAGGGCUUCUUCCUGAGCAUGCCCUCCGCCGAGCUGAUCAAGCUGGAGAUGAGUGUCUGCUACCUGGAGGUGCACUCCAAGCACUCCAAGCAGCUCCUGCUGCGCGGCAAGCUGAAGAGCACCAAGGUGCCGGGUCACUGCUUCCCCGUUUACACGGACAACAAUGUCCCGGUGCCGGGGGAUCACAACGACAACCACUUGGUCACCGGCGAGACGAAGUGCUUCCACUCGGGCCGCUUCUACAACGAGUCGGAGCAGUGGCGGAGUGCCCAGGAUGCCUGCCAGAUGUGCGCCUGUCUCCGCGGCCAGUCCAGCUGCGAGGUGAUCAAGUGUCCCGCCCUCAAGUGCAAGCCGGGAACGGAGCAGCUGCUCCAGCGGGAGGGCGAGUGCUGUCCGAGUUGCGUGGCCAAGGGCUCCAAGGACCCCGCCGACUGGCAGCCGCAGUCCUCGCCGGCCGUCAAUGCCACGGAUUUGUUGCAGCAGCGACGUGGCUGCCGCCUGGGCGAGCAGUUCCAUGCCGCCGGCGCCAGCUGGCAUCCCUUCCUGCCGCCGAACGGCUUCGACACCUGCACCACCUGCAGCUGCGAUCCGCUCACCCUGGAGAUCCGGUGCCCCCGCCUGGUCUGCCCGCCGCUGCAGUGCAGCGAGAAGCUGGCCUACCGACCCGACAAGAAGGCCUGCUGCAAGGUGUGUCCGGAGGGCAAACAGAGCUCCACGGCGAGCGGCAAGCAGACGCCGAACAACCCGAACGUGCUGCAGGAUCAGGCCAUGCAGCGAUCGCCCAGCCACACGGCCGAGGAGGUCCUGGCCAGCGGCGGCUGCAAGGUGGUCAACAAGGUGUACGAGAACGGGCAGGAGUGGCACCCCAUCCUCAUGUCCCACGGCGAGCAGAAGUGCAUCAAGUGCCGCUGCAAGGACUCCAAGGUGAACUGCGACCGCAAGCGCUGCUCCCGCUCGACGUGCCAGCAGCAGACGCGGGUGACCAGCAAGCGGCGGCUGUUCGAGAAGCCGGACGCAGCGGCUCCGGCCAUCGACGAGUGCUGCUCCACCCAGUGCCGCCGGUCGAGGCGCCACCACAAGAGGCAGCCGCACCACCAGCAGCGAUCCACCAGCUGAGCGGUUACCGAAUGAAGAGGAUUGAUAAGCAGGAUCCACUGAGAUCCACGAUCCACGAUCCACGAUCCACGAUCCACAUGGGGAACACCACUCAAUCACUCAGUGCGAAGUGCACCACCGCCCACCACCCACUCACAACCAGAGCGACACACUCACAGCGACACCAGCACCACCACCACCCACAUCACCCACACAAACGAACAUACACACACACACACACACACACUUGUGCAAGCGGUUGCACAGAUCGUUGUUGUUAUGUGGCAGCAAUGAAAACUUGUAUUAUAUAUUUGAGAACACGACGAGGAGAAAGGAGAAUUCUCUCAAGAGAAAGAGGAGAAUCGAAAAGUAGAUGGAGAAAGUAGAGAGAGUAGAGAGGGAUAGUGAGAUAGAGAGUUAGUGAGAUCCUUGGAAAAGGACUUUAAAACCAGUGCAGUUUGCUUUAAAUUCUCCAGCGCAGAAUUUUCUAUAGAAAGCAUUUUCUGAAUUUCUUUUCCCCACCCCGCAUCCCCAUUAAUACCACCAAAAACAAAAAAAAAAAAAACAUUAAAAUUAAAUUUUAAUUUAUUAAACAAGAAAAAAACAACCAUAAAAAGCACA